UCUCUCUCUCUCUCUACAUCUCCCCCUCGCUCUCUUUCUCUCUCUCUCCACAUGCAGAAGAAUUGUUCUCCAUGAGUCGCUCCGCUUCACUCACGGCUGGAUUUUUGCGUUUAUGAUUCUCCUCAAACAGUUCGUUUUAUGAGGCUUGGUUUUGUUUGAGGCAGGAGAGAAAAUGGCUCAAAGCGCGCUGCUUUUUUUAUUAUGGCUAUUCGGCACAUCUCUCGCUGGCUUUCCAAAUCAGAUCAACAUCGGUGGGCUCUUCAUGCGCUCCACCGUGCAAGAACACAGCGCUUUCAGAUUCGCUGUGCAGCUCUACAACACCAACCAGAACACGACUGAGAAACCCUUCCAUCUCAAUUACAACGUAGAUAACCUGGAGUCAUCCAACAGUUUCUCUGUCACUCAUGCAUUUUGUUCGCAGUUCUCCAGAGGGGUGUACGCCAUCUUCGGCUUCUAUGACAAGAAGUCCAUGAACACACUGACCUCCUUUUGUGGGGCUCUCCACACCUCCUUCGUCACCCCCAGCUACCCCAUCGACUCAGACGUGCAGUUCGUCAUCCAGAUGCGCCCUCCUCUAAAGGGCGCCGUCCUGAGUCUCCUGUCUCACUACAAGUGGGACAAGUUUGUCUACCUCUAUGACACAGACAGAGGAUUUUCCAUUCUUCAAGCCAUAAUGGAGGCCGCAGUGGCAAACAACUGGCAAGUUACCGCGCGCUCAGUGGGCAGCAUCACCGACCCCCAAGAGUUUCGCCGCAUCAUUGAGGAAAUGGACAGGAGACAGGAGAAGCGCUUCCUCAUUGACUGUGAAGUGGACAGAAUCAAUGUCAUCUUGGAGCAGGUCGUGACACUCGGGAAGAACAGUCGGGGUUACCAUUACGUUAUUGCCAAUCUGGGCUUCACCAACAUCAGUCUGGACAAGGUGUUUCUCGGCGGAGCAAACAUUAGCGGCUUCCAGAUCAUCAAUCCGGAAAACUCGGUGGUACAGCAGUUUCUCCAGAGAUGGGACCGUCUGGAUGAAAGAGAGUUUCCUGAAGCUAGAAACACACCUCUGAAGUACACUUCAGCGCUGUCUUACGACGCUAUCCUGGUGAUCGCGGAGGCGUUCCGGUACCUACGCCGCCAGCGGGUCGACGUGUCCCGCCGAGGCAGUGCUGGAGACUGCCUGGCUAACCCUGCCGUCCCCUGGAGCCAAGGAAUCGACAUCGAGCGAGCUCUCAAAAUGGUCCAGGUGCCGGGGAUGACUGGCAAUAUCCAGUUUGACAGCUUUGGUCGCAGAUCAAACUAUACUAUUGAUGUUUAUGAAAUGAAAAUAGGGGGACCAAGAAAGAUCGGAUACUGGAACGAGUUUGAACGCUUUGUUAAUAUAAUGGAUCAGCAGUUCACCAACGAUUCCUCCUCAGUGGAAAACCGAACAAUUGUGGUCACUACUAUUAUGGAAGCACCAUAUGUGAUGUACAAGAAAAACCACAUGCAUCUGGAAGGCAAUGACAAGUAUGAGGGCUACUGUGUCGAUUUAGCUUCUGAGAUUGCCAAACACGUUGGGAUUAAGUACAGACUGUCCAUAGUCAUGGACGGAAAGUACGGCGCCCGUGACCCUGAGACCAAGACUUGGAACGGGAUGGUGGGUGAACUAGUCUAUGGGAGAGCAGAUAUAGCCGUCGCACCGUUAACAAUCACGCUUGUGCGAGAGGAAGUCAUCGACUUUUCGAAGCCCUUCAUGAGUUUGGGGAUCUCCAUUAUGAUCAAGAAACCCCAGAAGUCCAAGCCGGGUGUGUUCUCCUUCCUGGACCCUCUGGCAUACGAGAUCUGGAUGUGUAUCGUGUUCGCCUACAUCGGCGUCAGUGUGGUGCUGUUCCUCGUGAGCCGCUUUAGCCCCUACGAGUGGCACCUGGAUGAGACUGAUGAAGCCAAAGACCCCCAGACCCCUCCAGACCCGCCUAAUGACUUUGGGAUUUUUAACAGCCUGUGGUUCUCUCUUGGGGCCUUCAUGCAGCAGGGCUGUGAUAUCUCACCAAGGUCCUUAUCGGGCAGAAUAGUGGGAGGCGUCUGGUGGUUCUUCACCCUCAUCAUAAUCUCGUCCUACACGGCUAACCUGGCUGCUUUCCUCACAGUGGAGAGGAUGGUCUCUCCCAUAGAGAGCGCUGAGGAUCUGGCCAAACAAACUGAGAUCGCAUACGGAACCUUGGACUCAGGAUCAACCAAAGAGUUCUUUAGGCGUUCCAAAAUAGCGGUGUACGAAAAAAUGUGGUCGUACAUGAAAUCGGCCGAGCCCUCCGUCUUCGCCAAGACCACGCCCGACGGAGUGGCACGGGUACGAAAGUCGAAGGGCAAAUUCGCCUUUCUUCUCGAGUCCACCAUGAACGAAUACAUUGAGCAGAGGAAGCCCUGCGACACCAUGAAAGUGGGCGGCAAUCUGGACUCGAAAGGCUACGGUGUGGCGACCCCCAAAGGCUCAGCAUUAAGAAAUGCUGUUAACCUGGCAGUUUUAAAACUGAAUGAGCAAGGCCUGUUGGACAAAUUGAAAAACAAAUGGUGGUACGACAAGGGAGAGUGCGGCAGCGGGGGAGGUGACUCCAAGGACAAGACAAGUGCACUGAGCCUGAGCAAUGUUGCUGGUGUCUUCUAUAUUCUGGUUGGUGGACUAGGCCUGGCCAUGAUGGUGGCUUUGAUAGAGUUCUGUUAUAAGUCCCGUGCCGAAGCCAAACGGUUGAAACUUGAAAAGAACGCACAAAGCUAUAAGCCGGCCCCGCCAGCCAACACACAAAACUUUGCCACGUACCGAGAAGGAUACAACGUGUACGGGACGGAGAGCGUGAAGAUCUAACGACUCACAGCCUGGCAGCGUGGUGUGACGAUUACAACAAACACCUUACAGAGAUGGCUGGAUCUACAGGAGGGGUCAAUGCUUCUCUCGCCCACUCUCUCUCUCUCUCUCUCUUUUUCUCUCUCUCUCUCUCUCCAUACACACCUCAGCUCCAGCCUCUCUCGCCCACGCAGACGCCACAGCCAAUCAAAGACCUCGGUCGCGCCGAGCGCCGCCACAAUUGGGAUAGAUUUCUUCAGUGCCUUAUGGAAUAUUCAGAGUCUCACACACUGAUGCAAACUCAUCGCAGGAACAUUGCAUCGCUCCAAUCAAUGCCAUCAUCUUAUCUGUGAAAUUAAAAGCGAGAAAUAAAGCCAUCACUUGAGAUCUUAGCACACCGAUCGGACUUGAGACGUCUUCUCUGGACAUUGUGCUCGAGCUUGUACUACUGUAAAUUUGCUUUCACACUCAUUCAAUCGGUGUAUUGAUUUAUCAGAUUACGGAUCGGGAUCUUCUUGAGUGGGUCGGAUGUGUUGCGGUAUAUCGUGUGCUUUUCUUUUGUCUGAUGAUCUAUAUUUCUCAAAAGUUCAGAAGCUAUAAACCCCCUUUGACCUUCAAUAACGUGAGCGUCAAAAAACC